GCCUUUCGCUGGCAACGAUGUUUUGUGUACGCGGUUGACAUUGACAACUCGUUUGGAUAAUUUUGGGUAAAACCCUCUUAUGUUUGUUUGCAAUGUUGAAGUUCAAGUAUGGAGGACACAGUAGCGUUAAAGAUUUGGUCUCGGUGGAUCCCAUCACGAGCCGCUGCUCGCGACUUAACCAGCUGUUACAGGGGAAGAGCGGUGUGUACGGAUCUGCUGGAGUGAGUGGGCUGACGAGAGAAGGCCUGCUGGAUGCUCUCGUACUGUUGUAUCAGGAGUGCACCUCUUCUGAGCUCAUGAAGAUCAAACAUGUGGCCAACUUUGUCCACAAAUUCUCUGAAAUUGUCACAGAGCUCCAGGAGCUGCAGCCAGGGAAGAGGGAUUUUGAGGUGAGGGGAAUUGUGGGGCGCGGACGGUUCGCUGAAGUGCAGGUGGUUAAAGAGAAGGCCACAGGAGACGUGUACGCUAUGAAGGUCAUGGAGAAGAACUACCUUCGCGCUCAGGAAAAGGUGGCGUUCUAUGAGGAGGAGCGGGCCAUCCUGGCUCUCAGCAGCAGCCCUUGGAUUCCACAGCUGCAGCACGCCUUUCAAGAUCAGGAUAACGUCUACCUGGUGAUGGAGUACCUCCCAGGAGGGGAUCUCAUGGCACUGCUGAACAGAUACGAGGACCAGUUUGACGAGCCAAUGGCUCAGUUUUACCUGGCAGAGCUGGUGCAGGCCAUAAACACUGUUCACCAGAUGGGAUAUGUGCACAGAGAUAUAAAGCCAGAGAAUGUUCUUAUUGACCGUACAGGACACAUUAAGUUGGCAGACUUUGGUUCCGCUGCUAAACUGACUCCCAAUAAAACGGUGGGCUCCUGCAGGCUUCCUGUGGGCACUCAGGAUUUCCUGAGCCCGGAGGUCCUCUCCUCCCUGAAUGGGGGCCAUCAGAGCAGCUAUGGUCCCGAGUGCGACUGGUGGUCUCUGGGUGUCAUCGCCUACGAAAUGAUCUAUAUGAAGUCGCCUUUCACCGAUGGCACGUCAGCCAGAACCAUCAACAACAUCCUGAACUUCCAGCGCUACCUCAAGUUCCCAGAGGAACCCACGGCCAGCUCGCAGUUUGUGGACCUGGUGCAGAGCUUGCUGUGCGGGGCUCGGGAGCGGCUGGGCUACGAGGGCCUGCGCUCACACCCCUUCUUCUCCAGCGUAGAUUGGAGCGGCCUCAGGCACGCCGUCCCUCCCUUCGUUCCCGCGCUCCGUGCUGAAGAUGACACGUCUAAUUUCGAGGAGCCGGAAAGGGCCCCUCGGCGUGCGCCCGCUGCCCAGCGAGAGCUCCCGCGCCCGGGCUUCCAGGGGCAAGACUUGCCCUUUUUAGGCUGGUUCUUCAGCCGGGCCCUAACUGCACUGGCCAAAUCGGAUUCAGUGGCGGCAGGCCUCAACUCUCCUGCCAAGACCAACUCCAUGGAAAAAAAACUACACCUCAAAAGUAAAGAACUACAAGAUACCCAAGACAAAUGUCACAAGAUGGAGCAGGAGAUCUCGCGCUUCCAGCGUAAGAUGAGCGACCUGGAGUCGGUGCUCCAGCAGAAGGACGUGGAGCUCAAGGCCUCCGAGACACAGCGGAGCAUCCUGGAGCAGGACCUUGCCACCUACAUCACAGAGUGCAGUAGUCUGAAGCGCAGCCUGGAGCAAGCUCGUGUGGAAGUCUCUCAGGAGGACGACAAGGCCCUGCAGCUGCUCCACGACAUCCGAGAGCAGAGCAACAAGCUGCAGGAGAUCAAAGAGCAGGAGUACCAUGCCCAGCUGGAGGAGAUGCAGGUAACCAUCAGGCAGCUGGAGGAGGACUUGUCAGCCGCCCGUCGGCGUAGCGACCUGUAUGAGACCGAGCUCCGAGAAUCCCGCCAAACUAGUGAGGAGCUCAAGAGGAAGGCUGUAGACUACCAGCAGAGGAUCCAGAAGGCCAAAGAGCAGGGCAAGGCGGAAGCGGAGGAGCUGCUCACUAAACUGGAGAAGACCAAUGCUGAGCAGCAGCUGAAGGUCCAGGAGCUGCAGGAUAAGCUGUCCAAGGCUGUGAAGGCGAGCACGGAGGCAACAGAACUGCUACAGAACAUCCGCCAAGCCAAAGAACGUCUGGAGCGGGAGCUGGAACGCCUGCGCAGCAAAUCCGACCCCAGCGACACCCUAAGGAGACGCCUGCGUGAAACCGAGGAGGGCAGAAAGACGCUAGAGAACCAGGUGAAGAGGCUAGAGAUGGUGGAGCGCAGAGAGAAUAAACUGAAGGACGACAUCCAGACCAAGUCCCAGCAGAUCCAGCAGAUGGCUGAGAAGAUCUCGGAGCUAGAGGAGAACCUGAGGGAGACUCAGGCUACAGCUCAGAGGAUGGAGGCCCACCUAGUUCAGAAGGAAAGACUUUACGAGGACAAGAUCAAGGUGCUGGAAGCUCAGAUGAAGGCGGAUCUAGCUGACAAGGACGUACUGGAGACAAAGCGUGCUCAGCACGAGGAGGAGGCGCGUGAGAAGUGCAAACUCCUCAGCGAGCAGAAAGCUACCAUCAAUGCCAUGGAGAAUAAGAUGAAAAGUCUGGAGCAGCGCAUUGCUGAGCUUUCAGAGGCCAACAAACUAGCAGCCAACAGCAGCAUCUACACCCAGAAAAACAUGAAAGCCCAGGAGGAGAUGAUCUCAGAGCUGCGUCAGCAGAAGUUCUACCUGGAGUCACAGGCAGGGAAACUGGAGGCCCAGAACGCCAAGCUGGAGGAGCACCUGGAGAAGAUGAGUCAACAAGAACAGAGCAAGAAGAGCCGCCUGAUUGAACUGGAGACCAGGCUCCGAGAGAUGGGCCUGGAGCAUGAAGAACAGAAGCUGGAGCUGAAGAGGCAGGUGACAGAGCUGACCCUGUCUCUGCAGGAGAGAGAGUCUCAGAUCAGCAGCCUGCAGGCAGCGCGCCACGCUCUGGAGAGCCAACUGCAGCAGGCCAAGACUGAGCUGGAGGAGACCACAGCAGAAGCCGAGGAGGAGAUCACCGCUCUUCGAGCUCACAGAGAUGAGAUUCAGCGCAAGUUUGAUGCACUGAGGGACAGCUGCUCGGUGAUCACAGACCUGGAGGAGCAGCUGACCCAGCUCACGCAAGAGAACGCCGAGCUGAACCAGCAGAACUUCUACCUGUCCAAGCAGCUGGAUGCCGUGACAGACGAGAGUGAGGAGAGACUGCAGCUGGGCCAGGACGUGGACCGCCUGCGCCGCGAGGUGGCCGACAGGGAGAUGCAUCUCAACAACCAGAAACAGAACAUCGAGACGCUGAAGACCACGUGCAGCAUGCUGGAGGAGCAGGUGGUGGAGCUGGAGACGCUGAACGACGAGCUGCUGGAGAAGGAGCGUCAGUGGGAGGGCUGGAGGAGCGGCCUGGAGGAUGAGAAGGCGCAGGCGGAGCGCCGCACGCGCGACCUACAGAGGCUGCUCGACGGCGAGAAGCAGAACCGGCUGCGCGCCGACCAACGCAGCUCAGAGUCACGGCAGGCCGUGGAGCUGGCCGUACGUGAGCACAAGGCCGAGAUCCUCGCCCUUCAACAGGCGCUAAAGGAGCAGAGGCUCAAGGCUGAAAGCCUGUCCGACACGCUGAAUGAUCUGGAGAAGAAGCAUGCCAUGUUGGAGAUGAAUGCUCGCAGCCUCCAGCAGAAACUCGAGACUGAGAGAGAACUCAAACAGAGGCUUAUGGAGGAACAAGGGAAGCUGCAGCAGCAGAUGGACCUCCAGAAGACCCACAUCUUCAGACUGACUCAGGGCCUGCAGGACGCACUGGACCAGACAGACCUGCUCAAGACCGAGAGAACCGACCUGGAAUACCAGCUCGAGAACAUCCAGGCCGUGUACUCUCACGAGAAGGUGAAAAUGGAGGGCACGAUCUCCCAGCAGACCAAACUUAUCGAUUUCCUGCAGGCCAAGAUGGACCAGCCCACUAAGAAAAAGAAGGGCAUUUUCGGGCGCAGGCGAGACGAGCUGGGCGCUAGCGGCAAUGGAGCGGUGGGCAUGGCUCAGAGCCAGCCGGCCGUGCCCAUGCAGUACAGCGACAUGAAGGCGGCCCUGGAGAAGGAGCGGGCUCGCUGCUCUGAGCUGGAGGAAGCGCUGCAGAAGAUGAGGAUAGAACUGCGCUCGCUACGAGAAGAAGCAGCUCAUUUUAAGGCGCAGGAGCACGUGCCCCCCUCCACCCCAGCCUCCGCCCGUCACCAGAUCCUCAUGUCGGCCAUCGUGAAGUCGCCCGAGCGGCAGCCCAACAUCAGCAGCCUCCUGAACCCGGCCAGCUCCGCCCGCCGCAAGGAGUCCUCCACCCCCGAGGAGAAGAGGAGGGUUACAUUUGAAAAGUACGGGCGGAGGGCGGUGAAGGAGAGGAUGCACCAUAACAUCCCUCACCGCUUCACCGUGGGCCUCAACAUGAGAGCGGCCAAGUGUGCCGUCUGCCUGGACACCGUGCACUUUGGCCGCCAGGCUGCCACCUGCCUGGAGUGUCACACACUGUGCCAUCCCAAGUGCUCUCCAUGCCUCCCGGCUACAUGUGGCCUGCCUCCUGAGUAUGCCACCCACUUUUCCGAGGCCCUGUGCCGGGACAAGGCCAACUCGCCAGCCCUGCAGGUCAAAGAGGCCUCGGGCCAUGUGCGCCUGGAGGGCUGGAUGAAGCAGCCCAGGAACGGCAAGCGCGGCCAGCAGGGCUGGGAGAGCAAGUACGUGGUCCUGGAUGGAACCAAAGUGUCCAUCUACGAGUCUGAACCCAGAGAAGAUUCAGUGAAGCCACAGGAGGAGUUCGAGCUGUGUUUGCCUGAUGGAGAGGUGACAGUGCAUGGAGCAGUCGGGGCUUCAGAACUCAUUAACACUGCAAAGUCAGAUAUCCCGUACGUGCUGAAGCUGGAGUCCCAUCCCCACACUACUUGUUGGCCUGGUCAGUCUCUCUACUUCAUGGCUCCUAGUUUCCCUGAUAAGCAGCGCUGGGUAGCUGUGCUGGAGUCUGUGGUAGCUGGCAGCAGGGGCUCCCGCGAGAAAACGGAGUCCGACGCAGCAGGUGUAGCUAAACGACAGAAGACUCUCUCGCCUCUGGUGCAGAAACUGUUGGGGAACUCUUUGUUGAAGCUGGAGGGUGAUGACCGGUUGGAUAUCAACUGUACUUUACCCCUGACUGAUCAGAUCGUGAUGGUGGGUUCAGAGGAAGGUCUGUACGCACUGAACGUUAUAAAAAACUCUCUGACUCACAUUCCGGGCCUGACGGCAGUCUUCCAGAUCCAGAUCCUCAAAGAGCUCGACAAACUGCUCAUGAUCACAGGAGAGGAGCGUGCCCUGUGUCUGGUAGACAUUAAACGAGUGAAGCAGUCUCUGUCCCAGGCUCACCUGCCCGCUCAGCCAGAGCUCAGCCCCUACAUCUUUGAGGCAGUCAAGGGGUGCCAUCUCUUUGCCUCCGGAAAGAUUGAGAACGGCAUGUGCAUCUGUGCCGCGAUGCCCAACAAAAUCACCAUCCUGCGCUACAAUGACAGCCUCAGCAAGUUCUGCAUCAGGAAAGAGAUCGAGACCUCAGAGCCCUGUAGCUGUAUCCACUUCACAGGUUACAGCAUCAUCAUCGGCACCAACAAGUUCUACGAGAUCGAGAUGAAGCAGUAUGUGCUAGAGGAGUUCCUGGAUAAGAAUGACGUGACGCUGGCCUCGGCCGUGUUCGCCGCUUCCUCCCACAGCUUCCCCAUCUCUAUCAUCCAGGUGUCUUGCUCUCCGCAGAAAGACGAGUACCUGCUCUGCUUCCACGAGUUUGGAGUGUUUGUGGACGCGUAUGGCCGCAGGAGUCGCAGUGAUGAUAUCAAAUGGAGCAGGCUACCUCUGUCCUUUGCAUACAGAGAGCCCUACUUGUUUGUGACUUAUUUCAACUCUCUGGAUGUGAUUGAGGUUCAGAGCCACUCUGCCCUGGGGCCUCACGCCUACGCCCACCUGGACAUCCCCAACCCGCGGUACCUGGGUCCGGCCAUCUCAUCUGGCGCAGUCUAUCUGGCUUCGUCCUACCAAAACAAGCUUAGGGUGAUCUGCUGCAAGGGCAACCUGGUCCAGGAGGGCUCCUCCUCUGAGCCACAGAGGAACGGCUCCACUCGCAGCCCUAACAAGCGUGGCCCUCCCUCCUACAAUGAGCACAUUUCUAAACGUCUGGCCGCCGGGCCCAUGUCCCAGGAAUCUUUGCACCAACCCGGCACGCCCCACCGCUACCGCGAAGCCCGCACCGAGUUCCGCAGAGACAAGUCGCCCUCCCGCCCACUCGAGAGGGAGAAGUCGCCCGGCCGCCUGGUGGAGCAGAGGCUGGAGCGCUCGCCCGGCCGGGCUAUGGACCCCCGGCUGGACCGCUCACCCGGCCGGGUGAUGGAUCUGCGCAGGGAGAGGUCGCCUGGCCGGGCGUUCGAGGAGCCCCGCCAGAGGCUGCACACAAGUUCGGCACGCACGCCAAUCAGUGGGGUUAAUAAGGUAUGGGAUCAGUCAUCCGUGUGA